ACAUCCUCCAGUGUUUUUUUUUUCCGAAUGUCCCUGUGUGAGUUAAUGGCUCCUCCUGCUAGAUACGGAGCUGGUGGCGAGCAGUCCGAGAAACAUUAAUUACACCCGGGUAGUUAGUUAGCGCGCAGGGUGGUUUGACAGAGAGGCUCACCGGGUUGUAGUCGAGGCCUGGUGUUAAAGCGUGAAGCGGAUGGUCGAGGAAAGCGUUCUGUAUUUUAACAACAGACUCUCCAAAAAAUGAACUCCGUCAGAGCCACCAACCGGAGACCCAGGCGAGUCUCAAGGCCGCGCCCGGUGCAGCCCGACCGGAACGAGGGGGACCGAGCAGAUGAGGAGGCUCCAGCUGCAGCAGCGGAGGUGGCUGUGGAGGAGUCUGGGCCUGCAGCUGGGAACAGCCCCUACCAGCUCCGACGCAAGUCUCUACUGCCCAAGAGAACAGCCUCCAGUACUGCAGCGGCCUGCCCCAGCAAGACCGCUAUGGAGGGAGCGUCCACCUCGACGACAGAACCCUUCGGUCACCGAGCCAAACGAGCCAGGGUCUCUGGCAGGAGCCACGACCUGCCGGCGGCUCUAGCAGAGCAGUACCUGCAGCAGAAGCUUCCAGAUGAGGUGGUUCUGAAGAUCUUCUCAUACCUCCUGGAGCAGGACCUCUGUCAGACUGCCUGUGUCUGCAAACGUUUCAGCCAGCUAGCCAACGACCCUAUACUCUGGAAGCGUCUGUACAUGGAGGUGUUUGAGUACACCCGUCCCAUGAUGCACCCCGAGCCAGGCAAGUUCUACCAGGUCAGUCCUGAGGAACACGACCACCCCAACCCCUGGAAGGACAGCUUCCAACAACUGUAUAAAGGAGCACAUGUGAAGCCAGGCUUUGCUGAACAUUUCUACAGCAACCCUGGGAGGUUCAAAGGCAGGGAGAAUAUGCUGUACUAUGACACCAUAGAAGAUGCGUUAGGAGGGGUGCAGGAAAGUCAUUUUGAUGGGCUGAUCUUUGUCCACUCUGGGAUCUACACUGACGAGUGGAUCUACAUAGAGUCCCCUAUCACCAUGAUUGGAGCAGCUCCUGGAAAGGUGUCUGAUAAAGUGGUUAUUGAGAACACCAGAGACUCGACGUUUGUCUUCAUGGAGGGAUCGGAGGACGCCUACGUAGGAUACAUGACUAUUAGGUUUAACCCAGAUGAUAAGUCGGCUCAGCACCACAACGCCCACCACUGUCUGGAGAUCACUGUCAACUGUUCUCCCAACAUAGACCACUGUAUCAUCAGAUCUACUUGCACAGUGGGCUCGGCUGUCUGUGUGAGCGGCCAGGGGGCGUGUCCUACCAUCAAACACUGCAACAUCAGCGACUGUGAGAACGUUGGACUUUACAUCACCGACCAUGCACAGGGUAUCUAUGAGGAUAAUGAGAUCAGUAAUAAUGCAUUGGCGGGAAUCUGGGUUAAAAACCAUGGCAACCCCAUCAUCAGACGAAACCACAUCCACCACGGCCGAGAUGUAGGAGUCUUCACCUUCGACCACGGCAUGGGUUAUUUUGAGAGUUGUAACAUCCACAGGAAUCGUAUAGCAGGCUUUGAGGUGAAGGCGUAUGCCAACCCUACAGUGGUUCGCUGUGAGAUCCACCAUGGCCAGACAGGGGGCAUCUAUGUGCAUGAGAAAGGACGGGGACAGUUUAUAGAAAACAAGAUCUACGCCAACAACUUCGCUGGAGUUUGGAUCACCUCCAACAGCGACCCUACGAUACGGGGUAAUGCAAUCUUUAAUGGUAACCAAGGGGGCGUGUACAUAUUUGGCGAUGGGCGUGGCCUGAUAGAGGGGAACGAUAUCCAUGGCAACGCUCUGGCAGGAAUCCAAAUCAGAACCAACAGCUGCCCAAUUGUACGCCAUAACAAGAUCCACGACGGACAGCAUGGAGGCAUCUACGUGCAUGAGAAGGGCCAGGGUGUGAUCGAGGAGAACGAGGUGUACAGCAACACGCUGGCAGGAGUCUGGGUGACCACCGGCAGCACACCUGUCCUCCGCAGGAACCGCAUCCACAGCGGCAAACAGGUUGGCGUGUAUUUCUAUGACAACGGCCAUGGGGUGUUGGAAGACAACGACAUCUACAAUCACAUGUACUCUGGCGUUCAAAUACGGACGGGCAGCAACCCCAAGAUCCGACGCAACAAGAUCUGGGGAGGACAGAACGGAGGCAUCCUGGUCUACAACUCCGGUCUGGGUUUCAUCGAGGACAAUGAGAUCUUCGACAACGCCAUGGCGGGCGUGUGGAUUAAGACGGACAGCAACCCCACGCUGCGGCGCAACAAGAUCCACGACGGGAGAGACGGAGGCAUCUGUAUCUUCAACGGAGGGAGAGGUCUCCUGGAGGAGAAUGAUAUCUUCAGGAACGCCCAGGCAGGGGUCCUCAUCAGCACCAACAGCCACCCGGUGCUCCGCAAGAACCGCAUCUUUGACGGUUUUGCUGCAGGUAUCGAGAUAACCAACCACGCCACUGCAACUCUGGAGGGGAACCAGAUCUUCAACAACCGUUUCGGAGGCCUGUUCCUCGCCUCGGGAGUGAACGUCACCAUGAAAGAUAAUAAGAUAAUGAAUAACCAGGACGCCAUAGAGAAAGCUGUGAGCAGAGGACAAUGUCUCUACAAGAUCUCCAGCUACACCUCCUACCCCAUGCAUGACUUUUACAGGUACACACACCAGCCCAUGCAUGACUUUUACAGGUACACACACCAGCCCAUGCAUGACUUUUACAGGUACACACACCAGCCCAUGCAUGACUUUUACAGGUACACACACCAGCCCAUGCAUGACUUUUACAGGUGCCACACCUGCAAUACGACAGACCGGAACGCCAUCUGUGUGAACUGCAUCAAGAAGUGUCACCAAGGACACGACGUGGAGUUUAUACGGCACGAUAGGUUUUUCUGUGACUGUGGAGCGGGAACUCUGUCCAACCCCUGUACUCUGGCUGGAGAACCCACACACGACACGGACACACUUUACGACUCAGCCCCGCCCAUAGAGUCCAACACGCUGCAACACAACUGAACACACACACAUCACAUGUACACACACACACUACAUAACCACACCCCCUAUAAUCUACAUACACACACUACAUAACACACAUUCAUAACACACUCAUAUAUAUGCGCACGCACACACAGACACCACUCACACACGCUGGCCAUAGGGAGCCAGAGAGACUGAACACGGUGUUUUCAGCAGGGACUGGCAUGAGGAACCCUGAGAUUCAGAGUGAGACCGAGACAGUGAUGCACUUGGGAGUCUCUUUUAAAGGGAACUAUGAAGCUGGUCUGAAUUUGACUGGUCUGGAUUAGCUGUACUGUGUUGAGAAACUGACUCGUACUGAACGGCCACAUGAGAUUCUCACCAUUGCAUCUCUGGACGCCAAAUGGCCAGGUAGAGGAUGGAGAGUGAGUGUGGAGAGGGUAGGGAAGUGGCUACUCGGAUAAUGUCAGAGUGGCCAAUGAGACUUCCUUCGCCUGUGACCUCUCGGCGACUCUCCAGGAUCCUGGUAAUCGAACUGCCUCCCAAGACAGGAAGAAAGGAGAUUUAGCCCCACCCACUGAGAAAGCGCUUCCUGUUCAGAGGCAUCUGUUACUAGGCAGUGGAUGGCUGAUAUAUACAUAUGUACUGCUAACGGAAGAGAGGGACUUUGAUCAAGCACCUCUACUUUUAUAAUAUGUUAUUCUGAUCAACAGAUAUUAUUUUAAUGCUUUCUCAUGUAGUUUUGUAUUUACAAGCAAAAAAUCUUACUGUAUUUGAAUGUCUUUUUAUUAUUAUAUAUUAUAAUUCUAAAUGUUUGUCGUGUUGACCCCAGGCUUGCUGCAGUAGCUGUUAAUGUCCCAGUGAAUUUGUUCUUUCUGUGAAAGAGAAUCACGUUUAACACUAAAGACUCUCUCCAGGCUAGUAGAUGUAGGACUGGUGGAAGAUCGUGUGUGUGUUUGUUGGAAGUGUGCAUGUGUAUGGUUGUGUUCAUAUGCAGUCCAUGUUUCUGGAGAGAGUCAGAUACGGCGUCAGGCCUUUUUCAAACUGGGACAAAGGAGUCGUUCUGCAGUGCCCUCUCAUAUUCUCUCCCCUUCUUGUUCCCUUUCCUCCCUCCCUACCUCCCCCGCUCUCUUCCUUACCCUGAUCUCUCCCUCUACUAAUUCUCUCCCCCUUCCCUUUUCUGUCUUUGUAUUCUGGUGACUGUGGCUCCUCAUACAGCCUGGAUCGUAUGCAUGUGUACCAUAACAUCAAGGUCGUGUGCCCCUGCUCAGACGCUGCGUGCCACUUCGUCGACUGUGCCGUCGGGAACCAGAUUGCUAUUACAUAUGUGGUUAAUUUGAUGCGUAAAAUACCUUCCCAGGCAUAAGAUCUGGCACGCAUCAAUAACGUCUGACCAGGGGGACACAACCCUAGACUUAAUAUAUUGUGAAGUAUUAAUACAACCAUUAUGUAGAUGCUAGUAUGAAUUCAAAAAGGGUUUCAUUUCCUAGGAAGAAAAAAAAAGAAGACGGGAAACUGGUCGUUUGUAAGAAAAUAAAACUUUAUUAGAUCA